AUGUCCAUUACAAGACAUGAAGAGGCCCAUGUACGGGCGGAAGACACGCUUGACGAGCCCCUGAUCGCUCCUUCGGAGACAGUCAGGGAUAGACCAUAUGAUAGACCACAUAUAGUGACCAGAGAGUCGAACUUGAACGUCACCAGCCUCGGUCAAGUAAACAACCCUUCAACUGUUAAUACACAAGCUACUCCCAUCAAUGCGAAUAAGGAGGCAAUGACCCUCCGUAAUCCCGAGAGAAAUCUCUGGAGAGUUAUUGCAGUGAGCAUUUGGUCCGCUUGUGGAGGCUUUUCAGAUGCCGCCCCUGGUGCCCUUUUGCCCUCUAUGGAAGCCCACUAUGAUAUCAGCUAUGCAGUGGUUUCGCUUAUUUGGAUGUCAAAUGCCGUGGGGUUUAUAUUAGUUGCCUGCUUCGCCCACAAGAUUACUCCGUGGUUUGGUAAGAGGUGGUCAAUCACCUACGGUAUCAUCCUGUCGGUUGCUGCAUAUUCUUGUAUAGCAAGUGGCGGGCCAUUUCCACUUAUUUGCAUUGGUUUCUUUUUGGGCGGUAUCGGCUUGGCAACGGUUUUGGCUCAGUCGAAUGUCUUCUUAUCUAAGCUUGACAAACAGUCGAAGUACUUGGCCAUUUUUCACGCGAGCUAUGGUGCUGGGGCAACAAUUCUGCCUCUUGCAGCCACAAGUAUGGUUGGACGUGGAAUGAAGUGGAACUACGUUUACUUGAUUUUGCUUUCUUUGAUGGUGAUCAACUCUUUCAAUGCAAAUUUGGCCUUCAAGGGUGCGGAAGAUGACUUGAAGCCAUGGGAUCACGAUGAAGAGACGGAAUCAUUGAUUGAUAAAACCAGAGCUAGGGAGGAAGGUAUCGAGCUUCAAGAGCUCCUGGAGUCUGGCCGUGCUAGCCGUGCUGAACGUGCUGAACGUUGGAUCGUUACCUACCUUUUGGACUACCGUAAAGUUGGCACCAGCUUUGGUUAUGUGUCGUCUGGUUUUUGGGCAGGUUUGACCAUCGGCCGGCUUGUUUUGACACGUCCAUUACACAAAACGCUUGGUCUCCGCAAAAGCAUUGUUAUAUUAGCUCUUUUGGCCAUUGGUAUGAUUGUUUUGUCAUGGGUGGUGCCAAACAGUAUCGCUGUGGGUGUUUUUGUCGGACUUGGUGGCGUAUUCAUCGGUCCCACGUACCCAUUGAUGAUAACAGCGGUUUCAUUUAUUGUUCCAAGAAAAAUUCAGGUUGUAAGUUUGACCAUAAUGACCGCUUUCGGAUCCAGCGGAGGAGCGCUCCUUCCUUUCUUUACUGGUUUAAUUGCAGAGAGUCAGGGAGCCUACGUUGUGUUACCAAUAUUCAUCGCCACAUACAGUGUCAUGUUAAUAUUCUGGCUCAUCUUGCCAAAUAUGGCUGUGGAACUACACAUUAAGCACGGCGAUGAAGCUGUCAACAAAAAGGACUUUUCGGGCGCUAUUGAGCAGUACACCUUAGCUCUCAAAGAGAACCCAGAAGCUUUCCUAGGCUACAUCAAACGUGCUGCAGCUUAUUUGAAAGUCAGUGAAUACUCCAAUGCCAGAGGUGACAUUGACAGAGCUAUUUCAAUUGCCGACAAAAGAGGGAAAAGAGAUGAUAAGGGACUCUGCUACUACAGGCUUGGUCUAAUAAACUACGCAGAAAAGCACUACUCGGAGGCAUUGACCAACUUCAAGAAGUCCAAAGAGCACCUGUAUCUGGAGCCAGCGUUGGAUAUCUGGAUCAACAAGGCGGAAAGAGAUUUGAAAAGAGCAGGCCAAGCGGCUGAAGAAAAGCCUUUGACUUCUGCAGAAUCACAGUCCAAACUGACUAGUGCCGAUGUCAUCAACAAACAAGCACCAUUGAAGGUAAAGAUCAGAGACGACUGGUAUCAGUCGAACGACACAGUGACAGUCACGAUUUACGCAAAGAAUGUCAAGGAAGAAUCCUUGGGUGCUUCGUUCAAUCCUCGUUCCGUGGCGCUUUCAUUCCCCAGCGGCGAUAACUCUGAGUACAACUACAAUUUAGAACCUUUGUAUGGCGAGAUUGACACUGCUGAGUCCAGCUGCAGGGUAUUUGGAACAAAAAUUGAGCUCACAUUGGCCAAGAAAGUCAAAGGUAAGUGGGCUCUGCUUGAAGGUGAUGGUCCCAUCAAGCCUGUGGACACCAAAGAAGGCCCCACAGAGCAAUUAGCAUACCCUACAUCCUCGAGAAAGGCUGUCAACUGGUCCAAAUUCGAUGUGCAAGAGGACGAGGAGGAAGAGGACUUCUUCGCUAAACUAUACAAGGACGUAGAUGACGAUACUCGCAGGGCCAUGAUGAAGUCAUAUGUGGAGUCAAAUGGCACUGUGCUCACGACCAAUUGGUCUGAAGCGGAAACCAAAAAAUUUGAAACCAGUCCGCCCGAGGGCAUGGAAGCGAAAAAUGGAACGGAAAGUGUGGUUGUGACAGGUAAUUUCGAUAACUGGUCUCUCAAAGAUGGUGUUUUGAAGAAAGCCACAGAUGGUGACUUUGUGGGAGAUAUCCGUGUCGAUGAACCACAACGGUUGAUCUUCAAAUUUGUUGUCAAUGGCUCCCAAUGGAUCACUAGUCCUAAGUACAAGAUCGAACAUGAUCUCCAGGGCAACGCCAAUAACUACUUGGAACCUGAAGACUUGGAGAGAGACGAACCCGAACAAAAACCCGCGACUGAAAGCAUUGAAAAGCCCAUUCAAGAUGAAGAUGAUAACGUCGAGGUGUUUUCGUCCCCGUGUUCGUACGCUGCAUUGUCAAUUCCAAGCGAGGGCUACGAGGAUCUCGGAGUUGAAUCCGUCGAGGGCGUCCCAGAAGAGCGACAGUCCCCGCCCGUGUCUGAGCCGAGGCAUCGUAACGCCCCUAUUGACAUCCCAGCAGCCCAUCCAAGCUCGCAACCAAGACCAUUUCAGCCCAACCACACCACCUCCUACAAAAGUUGCCACACCAGUUCAGGAGACACCACGCCUACCAACUCCGUCCUCACCAGCGGCUUCUUCGAAGCCAAGCAGCUCGCCACCCCACCCAGCAAGAGUCUGAAGUAUCGACUCUUGGCACUCACUCUCGGACAAGGGCAUAAAGAUUCCCUGGUUGUGAACGCGCUUGGUCUUUUACCUGAGCCGGCCAACUCGUCCAAGAAGAGAGAUGGUGUAAUAUCCCGCUUUAUCGGUUUCUUUCAAUAA